UUGCGUCGCGCUGUUGAAUUAUCGCAGCACAAUGUUUUCUGGCAUUGCAAAUUGCUCUUACAACUCGCGCAAAUACACGCUUCGGAUAGGGAGUAUUCGUUGGCCUCGGAACUCCUAGCUGUGGGUGUAGAAUCAGCCGAAGAGACGGGCGCCACUUAUCUCAAAGUGCUGUUUCUGUUAUCACGCGCAAUGAUUCUUAUGAUCGAACGCAAAACAAACGAUGUAUUGGCUUUGUUAAACACAGCCGGCGCCAUAAUCGACAACAACAUAACCAAUGCUCAUCAAAAGGAAUACCUGAAAGUGUUUUUUCUUGUGCUACAGGUAUGCUACUACCUUGCCUUGGGUCAGGUAAAAACCGUAAAACCUAGUUUGAAACAGCUGCAAACGUCCAUUCAAACUAUAAUGGCGCCAAAUUGGCCGUCAGAUGAAGCUAUAUUCGGACAAAACGCAUUGGAAAUGUUUGUGUGGUUGCCUAAAGAACAGCUUUAUGUUUUGGUAUACCUAGUAACCGUUUCGCACUCAAUGAUGGCUGGCUAUAUGGACAAGGCACAAAAGUACACCGAAAAAGCGCUUACACAAAUCGAAAAAUUAAAAGCGCAAGACGAUAAGUCCAUAUUGUCGGUGUUUAAGGUGAUAUUACUGGAGCACAUUGUCAUGUGCCGCAUGGUAAUGGGCAAUCGUAUACUAGCCAUUACCGAAAUCGCCGCUGCGCGGGAUGUUUGCCUUGCAACACCCAAUCGUGGUCUACUCCGGCGUCAUUCCGCGCAAUUACAUUGCUUACUCGGCUUAUACUCAAUGUCGACUAGCUUCUAUGAGCAUGCAGAGCGGCAAUUCAUAGCUUGUGUUAUGGAAACCUCUGAGCGCGACCUAAAAUUGUUCGCAAAUUUAAAUCUGGCAAUUAUCUUUCUACGUACAAAGCGAGAACAGGAUCUAAAACAAAUAUUGGAUACUGUAUCCACCGAAAAUACGCACACACAUAGCAGUCAAGCGCUAAUGGGUGGUUUCUACUACGUACAAGGACUCCACGCCUUUCACAAAAGCAGCUUUCAUGAGGCCAAACGAUUUCUGCGUGAAACAUUAAAAAUGGCAAAUGCUGAGGAUCUAAACCGGCUAACCUCUUGCUCUUUGGUUUUACUGUCACACGUCUUCCUCAGCAUUGGAAACUCAAAGGAGAGCAUGAAUAUGGUGACACCGGCCAUGCAAUUGGCUUCAAAAAUACCAGAUAUUCAUGUCCAAUUAUGGGGUUCUGCCAUACUCAAAGAUCUGCAUCGCAUGUCUAAAGAUGUGUUGCACGAGAAGGAAGCAUUUGCUAAUCAUGUGAAAUACUCUGAAAAUCUGAUUGCCGAUCAGAGAAAAUGCGUUCAGAGUGUGCAUCAUUCAUUGAUAAAUUGGUUUAGUGCUGAGCCCCCCACAACCAGCGGGAACAGCGCCGAUGACGGAGGUGGUGGUUGCAGUAUUAGUGGACAAAUGCCACUAGUGCGACACAUUAUGUAAAAUAUCUGAAAUUUGCAUCACCUCACAACGCGCAUAUGAA